AGAAGUUCAAUUUGCAAUCCGCCCAUUCUCGUUAAUUAUUUGAGUUGAUCCCCUCAGGUAGUCCUGGAUUCUCCGCCUAGUCCUGGUGCGAUUGCCGCUAGCCACUAAAGUUGCAAUGUGAGUCACUCGGCGAAAUAGCAGAAGUAACUCCGUGAGAAAACAACUUCGAGCGCUUAACGUGCUCAAGGGCAGCCCGACGGAUCCCCCAGAGUUCGAAUCUUUUCCGGCAACUCCCCACGAGGCAUUUGAGCAAUGGCUAUCGAAUGCCAUCGCCUACGGCGUCGUUGAACCACACGCAAUGGUCCUGUCGACUGUCAGCAAGGAUAGUGCGCCAGACGCCCGGGUGCUGAUCCUGAAAGACGUCGACUCUCGCGGAUGGCAUUUCGCAAUCAAGGCGGCGAGCCCCAAGGGCGAACAGAUUGCAAACAAUUCCCAAGUCGCAUUGACAUUCUAUUGGAAGGAGCAAGCUCGACAGAUCCGGCUCCGAGGCAGAGCACAACAGCUUCCAGAAGACGAGUGUGCCAAGGAUUUUGCCGACCGGCCACGCGACUCCAAGGUGAGUGCCGUUGCAUCCAAGCAGAGCGCUAUGCUCGCAAGCAGAGAUGAGCUCUUGGAGGCGGUGAAAGAAAAGAAGCAUGCGUUUUCUGAAGAGGCCGAAGGGGUAGCAGCACCAGGAUGGAAAGUCUACGCUGUGGCGCCCCAAGUGAUGGAGUUUUGGCAAGGUUCUCCGGAUCGCUUACACCAUCGGCUCCGCUAUGAACUUGGAGAGGGAGAUCAAUGGGAGAAGCAGUUACUAUGGCCUUGAAAGCCUGGAGUCCUGGUUAUAUAGACAACACAAAGUGGGCGGAAAGGAAAAGUCAUAACU